AUGUCGGAAAAAGCCUGGUAUUCCUAUUUUGACGAAGUCGAGUUUGAAACUUGGGAAGAUCCUAACAGCUUCUUUUUCGAUAUUUGUGAGACUUCUGUGUUCAAAGACGGCGUUAGUGCUUGGAGUACCAGGACUUUGAGCGCCGUUAAUGCUUCGAAUGCUGGUGCUUCAUGUGUCAAUAUUCCAAUAAUAAGCCAAGACAUGAACGAAGACUUUCAGUCACCUUUUUCUUCGCAAAGCUACACAAACAACAACAACAACACUUCACUUCAAACAACUUAUGACCCACAGCUUCGUUCGCUUAGUACCUGGGGUGCAUCAGAGCCAUCACAAGCACAUUCGCAGCCGUUGAAUACGACUACGACUAGAGGUAACUUUGGAGGCCCGGGAAACUACACAUUACAAGCAACAGCCACCACUCCUACCACUAGUACUUCUAAUCCUAAUGGGCAACAACAACACAUAAACGACAGCCAGUAUAUGAGUGGUGCAUCUCAAGCUUCCAUUGGCGGCAAUACUAUAACUACCCAGCCUGUUUCCGCGAAAUUUUCCGAUGUAAAUGGAGGUACUACUAACAGUCCUGGUGAUAAUAAAGGAGGCGGUGGACAGACACAGUAUACACAGAAAUGCGUUCAAGCGAUACUCGAUGUCAACGUAGAACUAAUCCGAGUAUGUAUCGACUAUAAUACAAAAGGAUGGAUGAAUGCUCAAGAAAUGAACGCUUAUAAGGUGCGUCUUCAAUCGAAUCUUAGUUAUCUUGCCACGGUAGCUGAUCAAUACACCAAUCCACAAGGGGAAAUAAAGCAAAAGUUGAUGCCGGAUUUUUCUCCAUUACCUCCACAUCGAUUGCAUUAUAACCAAAAGAUUAACCAACUUAUUCAACGUGCUUCUCAAGUAUUCGCUGCUUCGCAUCACAACCACAUUCAACCAUUACCUGGUCGAUCGGCUGCGGCUGCCGUUAUCAAGAUUACUACUAGCACUAUGAAUAAUAAAGUUCUUGCAAGUUCAAAUAUUAAUGUUUCAGAUUUGAACUCAUCAUCUUCUCGACAAUACAAAUUGGCAGCUUCUAAUGGAAUAAUAGGUGGAAUGUCAAUGAAUCAACAAUCGCAACAACAGCAGCCGCAAUCUUACCAAAAUAAUAAAAUCCAAACUUAUCUUAAGCAGCAACAGGCACAGAAUCGUCAAUCAUUACAACAACAUGGAGCUCAAAUGACUCAUCAGCAACAGCCACAACAAAAAAAGGGCACUCCACGACUGCAUCCUCAGUCACUGCAUAAGGCACAUCAGUCACCGCAACUUCAGCAGCAGCAACGUGUUAAUACGCCACAACCAACCCAUCAAACUCAACAGAUGCAUCAACCUACACAGCAAACUGCUCAAUCAUCACAACAAACGCAACAAUUGCUCACAACGUCACAACAACUUCAUACGCCGCAACAACAGCAAUCCUCCUCUAAUCAUCUUCAAACACCAUCUGUAAUACCGCCUUUAAUGUCAUCGAAUUAUCAACAACAGCCACAACAACAAAAUGUUAUUCAAUCAAACAUAUCAGAUUAUUCUGGAAUGUCGACAAAUACAACACAAACGCCAAUGCAACAUCAAGAACAUUCUUAUCAAGUUUUACCUCCAUUGGCUGGAUUAGGAGGACUGCCUUCAAUUGGAAUUAAUGAUCAAUACAUAAUUGGUAAUGGAACAGCAGGCGGAGGUGGUGGCGCAAUGGCAACGCAACAACAGUUGCAACAAAUGCAACAUAUGGGAUAUGGAGGCUAUCCAGGAACCAAUGGGACUGUUAUGACAGCAGGCAACGCAUAUCUAAAUCCUUAUAACGUGCUAAGAUAUACGAAUGGUGGUGCUGGUGGUAAUGUUAAUGGAUUAGUGGGCGGCAAUGGAAUAAUCCCAACAAAUGGAUUGCCAGCGUAUCGAGGUAACAACGGUCUAAUUAAUAACGCUAAUGGAAAUAAUAACAGCGGCAAUGUCCGAAUGCCUAGUAAUGGCAUGCAAGGUAAUUUAGACAAUAAUGGUAUCUAG